UGUAUUUCUGAGAAGAAAAACGUUUUGGCGGGAAAAUACUCAGCAGAGCACAUUUUUCCCCUCCCGUUUAUCGACACACUUCUUCUUCUUUUCGUUAAGCUUCCGACGAGUGGAGGGGAUUUGAACGAAGCCCACGUUUUUCUCUCAGUACCUUUUGUCAAAGUGCCAUGUCAGUCGGAGACGUGUUUAUAUUUGUACGCAAUGAUGCUUCGCUGAAAUCUCUUUUGGACAAUUAUGAGCAAAAAUAGUCUGUGCAGCGCGAGUGAAGACGUUGCCGAAUACCUGAGAGACCGCAAGAAAACCGCAGAGCAUCAUGAAGUGCUGAAGAGAAUCACUGAGGACAAGCUUCGUGAGAUUCUGGCCAGUGAGAAGCAUCUUCGAGACGUGCCCUUUGACGUCACGCUGAAGGAAGUGGAGGAAAAGAUCAGUCUUAUCAGGGGUCAGUCGAUCACAGUGUUUGUGACGCGAGAGGCUCUCCCACCGUUUGAAAUUGUGAUUCCGCAAUCUGGGACCACUGUUCAUGAUCUGAAGAAAGCCAUCGAAAGGACCUACAAAGCUCACCAGAAGCGCUGCCUUCAGCGUGCGAAGCGGCGCAAUUUACCUGACGAGGUUUGCUUAGCAGCACGGAACACAGCGGAUCAGACGCAAAUCUCUUGGCGGUACAUCUGGAGGACUUACAUGCUGGCUUACGGAGGCAUUAGAUUAGCCGACGAUAAUCAGCUGCUGGCCACGUACGGAAUCGCGAACAAAAGCGAGUUGCGCUUUACGAAGCGAAGGCGCGAUAAAUGUUCAAAGCUAACUUCACCGAUGGCUCUGAGGCGGAAUGGUUACCAAAUCUGGCGAGUGUUGCUCCUCUACGGCAUGUUUGCCAGUGUACGAGCUCAGCUGGAGCCCAACAAUAAUCUCAAGAUAAAUGUGCACGGAUUGGAACUUACCCAGGCGCAGAACAUCCAGCGGCAGGAAGUGCUGCAGAAGAUGUGUGACUCUCUCAGUGGGGCCAACGACCUCGCACCCGAUGAUCUCACGGAGCUGCAGAUGGAGCAUCUGCUGGUGGACAGGAAGCACCACUUUCUGUACUGCUACGUACCCAAAGUUGCGUGCACCAAUUGGAAACGUGUCCUGAUGAUACUCACGGAUGUGUGGAAUGGCACGGAACCACUGCAGAUUCCCGCCAAGCUGGCCCACUCGCCAGGGGUGUUUGUCAAGUUCAACUCCCUGAGUGAGGAAGAGAAGAACCAAGUCCUCGCCGACUACACUCGCUUCAUAGUCACGAGGCAUCCGUUCGAGCGACUGCUCUCUGCAUACAGGAACAAGCUGGAGGGCAAUCUGCCCAGUGCUCAGUAUUUCCAGGCCCGCGUUGGCCGCCAGAUAGUUAAGCAUUUUCGCCCAAAUGCGAGCAACGCGUCUCUCGCCACAGGGAACGACGUUACGUUUAACGAAUUUGCACAGUACCUGCUCACACCGGAGCUCAGCAUGAAUUACCAGGCGAAUCAGUCUUUCAACGAACACUGGGAGCCCAUCACGAAUCUCUGCAAUCCGUGCUUUGUAAAGUACAAUGUUAUUGGGAAGUACGAGACACUGAUUGAGGAUUCAGCCUUGGCGCUCCACCUCAUCAAUGCCUCCAUAACCUUUCCAGCCGGACAGAGGACGUCCGGGACCAGCGAAAGGAUGCGCACUUACUUCGACACACUGCCAAUUGGAACCCUCAGAGGACUCUAUCAACUCUACGAGAAUGACUUUAAGCUCUUUGGCUACAGCCUCGAUGAUGUGCUGGGCUUUGAAUUGGGAUGACAAAGGCUCUAUUGGCCAUUAUGAUUGUCCUUACUUAAUACAGGACUAACAGAUUGACAGAGAGAUAGGCGAUUGAGGAGGAUUCAAUACUUGUGAUAUGAAGUAAUUGUUGAACAAAUAUACUUUUGUAUAGUUAGAAGAAUUAAAGGGAUUUCUACUUCUUCCUAAU